UUGGAGGACGCAGAAAAACAAGGAUUUUAAGGGAAUUGCCCAAAUUAAACGGAAUCAUGCUGUUGUUAUAUCACUCUCGCAUCUGGCCCCUGGAUAAUUGGCCGGGGCACCUCGGCCGUACGUGCUGUCGGCGCGGUCAGCAUGGGGGCUGACAGAAAGCGCAUUGUGGUUUUAAGUCGGUCCAGCUGACAUUCAUCAUGCCAUCGGCACUGCACGGCCCGGCGCGUCAAACUUUCGCCAACAACGCCCGGAAGUUUGCGCGAUCGUCACGGCAAUCAAGGAGCUGGAUUUUUAAAAAACAAGUUGAAGGAGUUUUUGUAUUUACGUCAGUCACACUGUAGCCUGAAUGCUCUGCUACGCUGCUGGAGCUGCUGACUCUGGUGUGUGAACCUCCCAUCUGUCAGUCUGUGUGUUGCACUGGCUGAACCAAAGCCAUGGAGGUGGCCUUGGUAGACUUUGAGAGCCUGGAUGACCUUGCUGGCAACCUUGGAGAUGAGGUGGACACCUAUGCUGAUGAGACCACAGCUCUCACAGUGGACAUGCCCCCAGAGCACAGCAGCCCAACCAGCAACUACCAUCUAAGAGCCACAGACCUAACACCUACACCUUCCCACUGCAGCCCUAUACCCCCAUACAUUUGGGAAUCGACCUCCUCUUCACCCAUUCCGCAGACACUUACAGUACCACAGUCCCCGACGAUGCCAACUCCAACUAGAAAGGGGCGUAGCAGCUGUGCUAGCAUGAUCUCAAACUUUAAACUGCUGCUAAGCAGUGAGGGCAGCAAGGAAAGUGAGAUGAUCUUUAACCGGCUUGCUAAGGAGUGCUGUGAGGAUCUCUUUGUUGAUAAACGAGGCUUGGAUGAUGGAGAUCAGAAAGUCAUCAUCAACAUUGCCGGUCUUCGUUUUGAGACGCAGCUUAAAACACUGGACCAGUUUCCUGAGACACUUCUAGGGGACCCUUUGAAGAGGAUGGAAUACUUUGAUCCAAUGAGGAACGAGUACUUCUUUGAUCGGAACAGACCCAGCUUUGAUGGAAUUUUAUAUUACUACCAGUCAGGAGGUAAAGUUAGGCGACCAGCUAACGUUCCCCUCGAUGUGUUUGCAGAUGAAAUUCUGUUCUAUGAGCUUGGAAACGAGGCUAUGGAGCAGUUCAGAGAAGAAGAAGGAUUCUUAAAAGACGUUGAGAUUCCUCUUCCUAGUAAUGAUGUGUACAGACAAUUCUGGCUGCUGUUUGAGUACCCAGAGAGCUCCAAUGCAGCACGAGGUGUAGCGCUGGUGUCCGUCCUUGUCAUCGUCAUAUCCAUUAUUAUUUUCUGCAUGGAAACACUACCAGAAUUCAGAGAUGAGACCGACCCAGUUGUGCCCACAGCUGUACAACCUUUUAACCAAACUGUGGGUCCGCCUGGUGUAAAGCCCACAACCUUCUCUGAUCCUUUCUUCAUCAUUGAAACUGCCUGCAUUGGUUGGUUUUUCUUUGAGCUGUGUGUGCGAUUUGUGGUCUGCCCUAGCAAAAGAGAGUUUUUCCACAACCUCAUGAACAUUAUUGACAUCAUAUCUAUCAUCCCUUAUUUUGUCACUGUGAUUACAGAAUUGGCCACAACUCCAGCAGAAAGCUCAGGGCAGAACAUGUCUUUGGCCAUUCUACGUAUCAUCCGCUUGGUGCGGGUGUUUCGUAUAUUCAAACUAUCUCGUCACUCUAAAGGGCUCCAGAUCCUGGGACAGACUCUGAAGGCCAGCAUGCGUGAGCUCGGGUUGCUCAUCUUUUUCCUCUUUAUUGGAGUUAUCCUUUUCUCCAGCGCUAUCUACUUUGCUGAGGUAGACGAGCCAAAUACAGUGUUUGCCAGCAUACCUGAUGGCUUCUGGUGGGCUGUUGUUACCAUGACCACUGUAGGCUACGGAGACAUGUGUCCCAUUACCAUGGGGGGUAAGAUGGUGGGCACCUUGUGUGCCAUUGCAGGUGUGCUGACUAUUGCCUUGCCUGUUCCCGUCAUUGUUUCCAACUUCAACUAUUUCUACCAUAGAGAGGCAGAAGCAGAGGACAAGUUGCCCUUGGCUGAUGCUGUCGAGAAAGCCAUAAAGGAUACCACACAGGGUAGCAACACCUCGCUCAAUAAAGCCAACGGGAUCUGGCAGAGUGACAAAGGGAACUGACGUCAGAAGAACACUGUUCAAUAGGAGGUGAAAGCAGUAAAUAUUAAAUAGUCACUGUUACGAGUGGCCAGUUGGCUUCAUUAGAUCUGCACUGCACCUUGUGAAAAAUAUGUUUUUUAAUUAUAAACUGGUUGUACCACAUUUACCUCUUUUUGUCCAAUAUGGAAAUGACAUUUUGAAAAUGAGUUCCCCAUAUUAAUGUUUAGGAAUUCAUGUUAUUACGUUUCAUGUUUAGGUUGCACACACCCGAGAAACGUUCUUCAUUCUCGUGUGUGUCUAACAGAUCCUUUUAAAGGAAACCUUCUGUUCAUUGCAUUGGCCAGUAAUCCUAAUGUUUACAACAUGUUGUGAUUUUGUCCUCGAGGAUGUUUAACACAGCUUUCCAACAGCAUUUUAAUGGGCCAUAAAGUAUUAAACCAUUUAAAGUUCAUCUAAAGUAAAGAAAAUUCUUAACUGUCACAUUGUUAAUGUAUUUUAUUCAUCUCUGAUAAUUCAACAUUUCAUCCUAUUGGAAUAAAUUCUCUCCUGCUCAAAAACUGAUGCUUAUAUAAUAUUUACAGUGUCUGCAAUGCCUCACACGGCCCACUUUUCAUCUCACUGCUUAACUGAAAUCUUCUAUAUUGUCCGAUUAAAAUUGCAACUCUGCAAAACUGAAUUGCUGGCCAGUUCUGAACAAACAAAGGUCCCUCCUUUCCUCUAAGUGUCUUCAAAGACUAAUUUGUGUUGUGCUUAUUGUCUAGAUUAUAGUCAUCACAUAUUUAUUUAUUUAUUUAUUUAUUUAUUUAUUUACACAAAAACUGAAUCAUAAUUGUGAAGUAUUCAUUCGUUCUCACUGGGUUGACCGAGUAAGGAUUCUCCACAACUCACAGUCAGACUGAUUCCACUUCAUAUAGUUGUUGUUUUUAUUUGUUGUAUUGUAAUGGAGUGCCUUAAAUCAUGCAAUGUUGGGAUACUGUUGAAUAUGCCAUAUAUAAUUCCACUGUAAUACCUCUGUCUGUCACACAUAUAUGCUCAGUAUUUUUGGUUUCAUAUUUGACUGGUAUUAUAAAGGUUAUAACCAUUUUGUCCUUUUCAUGCAUUUGUGUGUUAUUUAAAGAAAAGGAGUGUCCAACAUAAUAUUCUGGAUCUGAAUGAAUCUUGAAAGAAGUUAUGUGAAGUGUAAUGGAUCUACACUCUUUAUGGGGUCACAUCAGUUCUCCCAAAUUUGGAUUUCAUCCUUUUUUUUCCUUUCAUUCACUGUCUUAUUGUAGACAAAGAAACUUCAGUUAUAGAGAAUUUCUCUCUGUGUCAAAGAAAAUAUGAAUGAGAGAUGAAAGAAGCCAAAGAAAAUUUCUUAUAAAGGGAUCUGUUAUCCCAUAACUCAAAAACUGUGCUUUUGCAACGUAACAUAGAGGUGGGUCUUUGAAAAGUGGCUCAUAAAAAUAAAUUCUGGAAAGAAAAAUUGAGAUAAUCUGGAUCCAAGGAUGUGAUUUUAUUUAUUUUUUUAAUCUCAAAAUACAUAACAUCCAAAUUUGGACACAUUUUAGAGCGUGGUGGUUGAGCAUAUGAUGAAAAUGAGAUUAUACGGUGGCAACAACAAGUGAGCCCAUCGGAAUUACUUGGUUUUCUACACAAUGUGAUCUUUGAAGGUUUUUACACAAUUAGCUUAUUACUAAACUGCACUCAUGCAUCAGGAUCUUUAUUGGGUUUUAAUUGGGCUUUGCUUAGAUUUACUUGUUCCCUUGUUUGCCCGGGUUCAGUUUUAUCAGGUGGGAACUAUCCUGGCAAUAUAGGAUACUUUCAUUAAUUAGAAAUUGAUGAUGAUUGGCUUAUAAUAGGCCUACAGACACAGACUCUCACAUUAUUGACAGUAAUGUCAGUAAUGUCUAUAUGUAGCUUGGUGUACAUGACAAUUUUAAAUAAAAAAUGUUGCACCUUAGAUGGAGCUUUGCUGGAUUAGGCACCACUUGCACAGGCUAGAGACAGGUCAGCAACAACCUGAAAUCACUGGGGAAAUGUGUACUCUCCAACCACCUGGCAAGUGGACGUUGUUGGCUAUCAUUGUGAAAUCGAUUCCUAAAGUCACGCAGGUCUAGACUGGUCAUUGACCUCCCUGGCAAUCACAGAUUACUGGGAAAAAAUGUUGCCCCUUGCACCGAUCGCUCUCCAGGCCUGUAUGACUGAGACUUACAUGUUUGCUAAUUUUAUAAGCAUAAGGGUUCACAUUUUGCAUCAUAUUGUAUAGCAGUAAUAAUAAUAAUAAUAAUAGUGGAACGAUAACCUGAAGAUCUACCCAUAUUCUAAUUUCAUGUAAAUGUAAGUGAAUCCAAGCAAUUCACUUCUUUUUCUUGUCACUAUGUUACUUUCUGUGUGUUUGACAAUCAGCUUUGCGGUCAUAAUGAUAACUAACUGUAUGGUUUGAUGCCCGUUUUUGUUGAUACAGGUAAUCACUUGUUCAGCUGGUAAACUGAUAAAUGAUAACAGCAUACUCAUGAAAACAAUAAGCCAGAGUUUAUUUCAUUACGAAGACCUUUACACUGUAUUUAUAUGUAUGAAAACAUACGAUUUACUGUAAUGAAGAUGUAAUACAU